AUGGGAGCUGCAGCAGCCAUGCAAGCUCUCAAGAUGUUUUCCGGCGGCGGAUCAGGUAACACCCAUCAAGGCAAUUCGCAGAACGCAUUUGUCGGUAUGGCUAUGGCCGAGGCUAGCAAGCUAUUCGACAAUCAGUCCUCCCAAGGCAACGUCUCGAAUGCCAGCAAGGAAUCCACGGUCCAAAAGGCAGGCGAGAUGGCUCUUAAGAUGUACAUGAAGAGUCAAAUGCAGGGAGGAGGCGGUUCGAGUGGAGCUGCAGGCUUGUUGUCCAUGGCUAGCAAGUUCCUUCAGUAA